AUGGCGGGCGCAUACAGCCUGCUCAAAUCUGAACCCGAGCCCGAUCCCGCCGAUCGACCCCGCACGCGCCGCAUCGUCCUCGGCGCCCUCUUCCUCCUCGCCACCGCCGCCGUCUCUGUGCUGUACGCCUUCCCGCCCUACCCGCGCACUCUCUCUGACGACGCUGCACACGAGCCGCUCAAGCAAUGCGCGUCCGGCCUCCCACCGCCAGCCACCCCGCCUGCUCCGCUCAACCUCUGGGCAUCGCUCACCGUCCAAGAGACCGUCGACAUCUCGCGCUGGCUCAACGCCCCUGAACGGAACCUCAACCUGACCAUCGCCGAGCGCGUCUCCCUCUCGGACAACGUCGUCUUCCACAUCGGCGCCUUCCGCCCGCCCAAGGCGCACGCCCUCGCCUACCUCGCGGACCCGCACACGAACCGCGCACCGGAGAGAUACGCACGCGUGACGAUCCAUCAUGGCGCGGCGGAGGAGCCCGUCGUCAAGGAUUACCUCGUCGGGCCUCUCCCCGUCAGCGACAAGACCUCCAUGCGCGCGCUCACAAAGAUAUACCACCGCGACGCGGUGCCGUUCAACGCCCGCGGCGUCACCGGGUUUGCAGAGAUCAAUCCCAUCCUAACAGAAGUGAUGUACUCGAUGGCAGAGGCGACCCAGGAGCUGUUCGGAGCCGUCGCGCGUGGACUCGCGAACGACACGCUCGUCGCGAACAUGGUCGGUCCUCUCAGCUUUGACGGCUCCUUCCGCCGCACGUGGAUCAACUGGCGGCGCAACGUCCCCGGGGUCUACCUCCACCCCGUCGGCUUCUUCCUCUACCUCGACAUGUCCGGCACCGAGCCGCGCGAGUGGAAGCUCCUCAAGAUCGUGUACAACCACCAGGUGUUUGGUACCGUGGACGAGUUCAUGACCGCGUUCCGCACCGGCACGCUCAAGCGCCUCCCCGCACGCCCCGACUCGAAGGACACCGAGUGGACGACGCGUAAACGUCCUGACGGCCCCCGACGCGACCUUGACCACCUCCCUGGCCCGCGCUCCGUGUCCUUCGCCGGUCUCCGAUUCAGAAUCGACAGGAAGACUCAGUACGUGAGCUGGAUGGGCUGGGGGAUGUACCUCGGGUUCGACCGCGAUAUGGGCUUGAGCUUCUGGGACAUCCGCUUCAGGGGCGAGAGACUGAUAUAUGAGCUUUCCCCACAAGAGGCGAUCGCGCAGUAUGCGGGCAACGACCCGAUGCAAUCCACGACCGCCUGGCUCGACCGCUACUUCGGCAUGGGCUCCUCCGUCCGCGACAUGCUCCCCGGCUACGACUGCCCCCACGAAGCGGUCUUCCUCCCCGCGACGACGCACUCCUUCGCGGGGAGCAUCACGCGCGAGCGCGCCGUUUGUGUUUUCGAGCAGGAUACGGGCCGGCCGAUCACGCGACAUACUGGGUAUGAGAAGGGCGAGUUUGGGGCCGUCAGGGGGUAUGUGCUUGUGGUCAGGAGUAUCUCGACCGUUGGCAAGUGCUUUGACUACAUCUUCCACCUCGAUGGGACGAUCGAGGUUCGCCUCUCGGCCUCUGGGUACCUGCAGGGCGGCUUCUGGGAGCCCUCGCAGGAUAGGUAUGGUGCCCCCAUCCGGGACACGACCAUGGGCUCGCUACACGACCACGUCAUCAACUACAAAGUCGACCUGGACAUCGUGGGCGAGAAGAACUCGCUGUUGUUCACGAGCACCGUGCAGGAGGAGGUCGAGCAACCCUGGCUCGAGGACGAUUGGGGCGCCACGGUCGUUCAGCAGAAGAUCACGCGCAGGUUUAUCGAGAGCGAGGACGAGGCGCUGCUCGCGUUCCCGCCCAAUUUCCAGGGCGGGUAUGCCAUCGUUAAUCGUGAGGAGCGCAAUAGGUGGGGCGUCGUGAGAGGGUACGCUAUCCAUCCGGGGUAUGACCCCGUGCGUAACACGGUCGUGGGCUCGAAGCGUCUUUUGAACAAUGCGAAUUGGGCGCGGUACAACCUCGCGGUGUCGAGGAGGAAGGAGAGCGAGCCGUCUUCGAGUAGCAUGUGGAACCAGAACUUGCCGGGCGCGCCGAUGGUGGAUUUUCAUAGGUUCUUUGAUGGGGAGAAUAUCACGCAGGAAGACCUCGUCGCGUGGGUGAACGUUGGCAUGCAUCAUUUGCCUCAAGCGGAAGAUUCGCCGAAUACGCGCACGAACCUCGCUGCGUCUAGCUUUUUCCUCACCCCGCUCAACUACUUCGACGCAGACGUAUCCAUGGAAUCGAAAAACGCCAUCGUGCUCUCGCCGCCCGCGACACUCGGCGAUCCAUGGGCGUUUGAGGACUAUGGUGUGGAGCCGGUGAAUUGUGUGCCUGGGGAGGUACCGCCGUUUGUGUAUAGGGGCGUGAGGGCGUUUGGGCUGGAUGGAGGGGUGGCGAGGCCGGGGAGUGUGGAUGAGAUGAGGAAGGGGGCGGAGAUGUUUCAUCGGAUUAAGCUUGAGCUGUGA